AUGUCUAUCCCUUAUUCUAAACUAAGAGGUAUGUUGAGACACUAUAAUCCGGACAGAUUUCUUAAGAUAACCCCAAAUUUGGGCCUAUUAAAGGAACGAUACCUCCGAGGACAGUGAUUGUAAUCGACAGAUCGGAAGCUAAACGACAAGGUAAGAAUGAUCAGAUUAUCAUUCUGUCGAGAAAAUAAUAAGCACAAUGUCGCUUCGCCGAUGCCAAAGUGGAAAGCAAUUUGUUUUCCCGCGACACAAUUCAUUUUUCAUGGCGGUGAUGCGAUUUUCUAUGCGACAGACUACUCACUAUUUUCCCGACAGACCGAUAGAAUAAUUACAAUAAGAGUGUACUUUAGAAUGGAAAUCCUUGAUCUUUUUCGUCAUCAUGCUUUCUGUGAUCGGUCUAAUUCUAUUUUCUACCGCUUUUUUCGCUAAAGCCAAAUAUGGAUUUGAUAGUGCUGAUAAGGAAAUGGACAAGUUUCUUCAUAUAUUUGAUCCCCCUAACGCCCCCCAAGAAGAUGAGAUUCUUCUGCCUUUACCUAAGAGAUUCCCCAUGACAAUAGAACCCUCCAGAUGUAAUCUGGAUCAGUCUUGUGGCAAUCAAAAAGAUAUUUUCACUGAAACACAAGAGAAAAUUGAUUAUGAAUUUGGAAAGUGGCUGUUAAAUCAUCAUGAUUAUAAUGGUAUGCUGCAGAAACAGAUGAAUACCUGUUUAAUCGACUAUCAGAGCCCAUACAGAGAUCUUUCUCUACCGUUUGAGAGGUGUUUUGAACGAAAAAUGCAUCAAGUUAAAGAGAAAAUCGCAGAUGUUAACAACGCCGGCCCAAUUAGUUCUGCAUUGAAGGUGCACUUUGGAAUCGACCAUUUGAUUAAGGUUUGUUAACCCUCUUGAUUACAAUUGUUUAGGCAACUGUUGAGCCCAAUUACAUUGCCCCCAGCGGUAAUCUAAAAUACAUCAUCUACAUUGAUCAGGCAAUUCCUGAAGCCCCAGUCAGAUAUGUAGCUCCAAGGAAUUCUAUGCCAAGCGUUUCUAAACUUAUUCGUUUAAAUCUCCCCAGAAUAAGGUCUUAUAAAUCGGAUUCAGAAGAUUCCUCGAAAUGGAAGAGCUUUACAAUUGAAGAGGCCGACCAAAGAUGGACAUUCCUCUCAUUUCAAGACUAUUUCGAAGGUCUGGGAGUAGACACAAAGGAUCUGGUUUUCGUUGUAAAAACUCCAGAGUACUUAGAUAAACUGAGCAAACUGUUCGAAUUAGUGCAGACCCGUCAAGACAACGAUGCUUUACACAUAGCAUUAGCAGUAGGUCAUAACAGGCGGUUUAAAAAUAAGUAUUCUAGUCAUACACCCUUAACUUCGAGUGCGAAAAAUACCUUGGACAAGGUAGGAUCGAGAGAGAGCUCGAGGAGAAAUACGGUAUCGGAGUCGGCCACACCGAUGAUACAGUAAGUAUUACAGGUACUAAUGCAGCAUUCUGUAGGAAACAGAAGCGAUUCGAUUCUGUGGAAAUUCGAUGAGAGAAACUCUGGGGAAAUAUUCUUCUGCAAUCUUUGAUGACUUGUUUCGGAAUUCUAAAAAGAAAAUUGACAUGAUCGACACGAUGGUGGAGAAGAUACUCAGGCAAAUGAAGAACAUCGUACACAAAUCUACAAAUUCGGAGGCCACGAAAUCAAGGAUGAUCCAAAAACUAAAUUCAUUGGAAUGGGACUUCAGUUCUACAAAUACUGAGGAUCUGGGAAGACUUCUAAACGGAUUUAGACAUGACCAAGACUCACAUUUCGUCGAAUUCAUAGAAAAAAUCAAGGGGUAAAUCAAAGUUAUCUAAGACACAUGUUUAGUUUGCGAUUUAACGAAACACUCAAACAGUUAAAAAUGCAAAGGAUCCCCAAGCCAUCCUCGACCUUUCAACCCAUCGAUUCCUCUGAUCUCAGCCAUCUGAAAUACAGUAGAACCGGAAAUUGGAUGAAUAUUCCCUCUGCCUCACAGAUCCUUCCCAUUUUUACCAAAUUUGGUGUCCCGGUAAGCUUAGUCAUUAUGGAAAUAAUAUUCUUCAGAACGCUGAUUUCUACGCCCAACUGGGGUGGAAGAUCGCUUCGGAAAUGGCAAAGGCCAUAGAUAAUGCUGGUCUGAGAUUUGACGAUUGGGGAGUUUACAAGAUCGAGGACGAAUACGAGGAUAUAAAUGCAUGGGAAGGUAGGCUGAACUAUUAUUGUAAGACUACUCAACAGACUUGACAUCUGUCCUUCCGAAAAGGAGUAAUGAGGAGACUCGGACUACCACCAAUGAAAUCAUUGGCUUAAAGGUCGCUUUUGAUGUAUAUCAGCAAGAACUCAGCCGCCUGAAAACCCUCACUAACUUCGAUGACAUGACCAAGAUGGCUUCAAGACAAUUUUUGUCUUCGGCAAUGCGAAACCCUUGCGGACUUAGACCGAAAGAAUCGCGAAAGGUAAUCCAACAUGGAAAAAGUUGGGGAAAAGACAAUUGGGGAAACCGAAAAAAAAUUUUUCCUGCAUAAGUGUCGAAAGUAGGGUAAUCGAUGGGGUAGAUUUCAAAAAUCAUCUUCAUUUUUUCUGAUUGUUACUUUUUUAAAGAGUACAGGGUGGGCCACUGGAAACUUCCUACCUUGUUUUGCGUAUUUGUCCGCCGAUAUUGCUGAUUUUUGUUCAGAUAUUUUAGGCCACACUGUAGACAUAACAUGUAAAAUUACAGUUCACACUGAUGACUUUCAUUAAUGCGCUGAACAGAAGAGCAGAGAAAUGUCCAGACACAUCAGAGUUCGUUCAUGUUGGCAUUGGAUUUUAG